ACUGUGGAGCACUUGACCGAUGAGAUCCCGGAAGUCGUCUUGAUGAACGUCGAGGUGUUCAACUCGCUGUUUAUGCCGUACUGCAUGCAAAACACCCCGUCGAUAUGGACAACGCUUAUCCUCAUUGCGAUCGACGGAGCGCAGAUGCUCGUAUCCAUGCAUGAUGUCAGCCUUGUGAUCCAACAACUG